AGCCAAUUAAAGGUCAAUCCUCAGUUGGUAGAAGAUGCUAUUUUGGGGGCUCUAUGAACAAUUUUUAUUAUCCCACGCAGAAUCGGCUCUUUUGUACUACCAACACUGGAAAAACACAAGGGGAGGAAGAUUUUGGACAGAAAGAAACAAUAUCUGUAACUUUUGUUAACAAAGAUGGUGAGGAAAAGCUCAUCAAGGUUCCUAUUGGAAUGUCGAUGUUGGAAGCAGCUCACCAGAAUAACAUAGAGCUAGAAGGAGCAUGUGAGGGUUCUCUCGCCUGUUCUACUUGCCAUGUGAUUGUAACGGAUGCGGAGUACUACAACAAACUAGAAGAACCGACCGACGAAGAAAACGACAUGUUAGACCUGGCAUUUGGCCUCACGGAAACGUAAGUCCCUCAUUCAUUAAUGGCUCCAAAUCACCAAAAUAAAACUUCACAUUGUUCUUGUUUUUUUUGUCGUCUUCGUAGUAAUUCUACAAAUUCUCUCUAUUUGUUCAUAAGCUAUCCAAAAACCAUAAGUCAAGAGUUAUCCAGGACAAUUGUCACCGACUCGCCAACGGCAAGAAUAUUGAUAAAGACUGUUUUAAAGAAAUUCGGACAAAUUUGCAGAUUUUUUGUUCAUGUUUCAUAUUUUAACCUUUGCCUUGACCUUAGUUCUUAAAGACCCUGCUUGUGACAAUUUAUUAUAGAA